CCUUAAUUCGUAUAUCGGCUGUUAUGACAGCUCUAGAACUCUCCAACUUAACAACAAACAAACACACGCAGUGCAAUUAGUGGGCGGGCGUAUAAAUAUAGUACUAUUAUUCGUGCACAUAUGCGUGAAAAACUAGCUGGCAACAACAGGAAUGCGAAGAAAAGCCAGUAUUUCGAGCGCUGCGAGAAAAGUGAAUAAAUUCGUUGCGGGACAUUUUCGGGCGAAUAAUGUCUACUUCGGUUAUUUGUGUAGACCUGAGCUCCGAGUCCGAGGAAGAGUCGCCCCCUGGACCGAAGCGCCGACGCCUGGAGGAUCCCCUGCGAAAACUGGUGCCAUCCGGCAGACAAGGUUUGCCAGUUAAACUCGUGAACAUACCAAAGGCCUCCCUGGGAUCCGUGGUCAGGGUUUCUGGUGUUGGACCAGUGCCAGCCAGGGCAUCUCCGCUCCCAGCGGAUCCCCUCCGAUCCAUGCACAUCCCCAGCGGCAUCACUGUCACCAAGCACCAGAAGAACAUCCUGACCACAAACGGAAACCUGACCAUUUCCCUGGCCGAGAGCAACAACAACAACCCCAACAGCUACAAUAACAAUGUAAGCGCCAAGCAGGUGAAGUUCGGUUCCGCCCAGAAUGUGGCCUGGUCGGUGAGCAGCAAGGCGCCUAGUCCGAAUGCCUUGAUAACCAGCGUACCCAGUCACCAGGUGAGGGUGACGACCGGCAACCAAGUGCGGUUAGCAGCCGGAACCAAAGUCAUCCAGCCGACCAUGGCAGUAUCUCCGAAAACGACGCCUGCAAAGAUUCAACCUCUGGUUGGGAUAGGUCAGCCCCAGCAACAGCCCCAGCAACAGCCCCAGCAACAGCCCCAGCAACAGCCACAGCCUCAGCAGCAUAAGGCCAUAACGCCAAGUCAACCGAAGCCGAAAGCUUCAAUGGGCCAAAUCCUGCAGCAACAGCAGCAACACAAGGCGCUGACAGGACAACAGAAGAUUCUUUUAAAGCAGCAGCAGCAGAGGACUUCUAUAGGCCAACUGCAGCAGCAGCAACAAGGAUCGCUGGGCGCUCAGCUUCCACAGCAACAAGGAUCGCUGGGCGCCCAGCUGCCACAGCAUCAAGGAUCGCUGGGCGCCCAGCUGCCACAGCAACAGAAAUUGGUUGGCGCCCAGCUGCCACAGCAACCGAAAUUGGUUGCCCCCCAGCUGCCACAGCAACCGAAAUCGUUGGGCGCCCUAGUGCAACUGCAUCAAAAUCCGUUGGCAGCAGCGCACCAACAGCCAGUUCAUCAGAAAACUACGGUCGGAGCACAGAUUCAGCAGCAACAAAAAGUAUUUGUGGGACAACAGCAGCAGAAGAUUUCCCAGGCACAACUUCAGCAGCAGCCGCAGCAGCAAAAGCAGCAGCAACAGCAGCAAAAGCAGCAGCAGCAGCAGCAACAGCAGCAACAGCAGCAGCAACAGCAGCGGCAACAGCAACAGCAAAGGGCCUCUCUGGGGCAAGUUCAACAGCAACAGCAAAGAGUAUCUGUAGGACAGCUCCAGCAGCAGCAGCAGCAGCAGCAGAAAGUCAAUAUAACCCAACACCAACAGCAGCAUUUGUCACAGAAGAUGAUCUUAGGACAAAUGCUGCAGCAACAGAAGGCCUUUAUGGGUAUACCGCAGCUUCCGAAGGCACCAAUGGGUCUACUGCGGCAGCAACCAUUCCAACAAACUCCGUCGCCGGUGGUCCAACAGCAGUCGACAAAGACACAGAUGGCUCAGCAGUUGCUUAGUUCUGUGAUGGCCACCCAGAGUCCAGUUGAGCAGCCGCAGUUCGCUCCGAAACCAUCGCUGCCCGCCGUCAACCAAAUCACCCACAAAUCAAUGACCAUACAGAAACUUCCCAUGGUGCAAAAAGCGCCCCCAGUGACGAAGGUUCCUCCAAAGCAGGUAUUCCCCUACCAGACCCCACCACCCGCUCACCUAGUGCAAAAGCAGACCCCGCCACAUGCGCCAGUGCUAACACCUGCCUUCGCCUACCGCCCACCAAUAGUCAGGCCGACGUCGGUAGCCAAGAUCACCCCUGUGCCGCCAAACAACAGAACCAGCUUGCCGCUGAAGCCACAGGUGCCUGCAGCUGUCCACCCUGCAGCCGCAAUCCUUAGUGCGGCCCGCACUUUGCCCUUUAGAAGCUCAUCCCAAAAGCCAGCCACGCCCCCACUGGCUUCAACGAAUCUCCAGGGAUUCACCACGAGUGCCACGCCACCGCAGCGUUUGCUGGCCACUCCGCCACAUUGUGCGGCCGCCUUAAACGAGCCGCUGCUGCUGAACUUGCCGCCCACCACCAGCAUUACGCCGCAGCUGACGCCCACGACCACUCCGCCGCCAGCUGGGUUUCCGGCUGCAGUGCAGCAACAACAGCUGGCCAAGGCGGCUGCUUUUAAGUUGAACUCCUUACCCGGGGCGAGCAUAUCGCCAGUAGCCAGGGCUCCGGCUAGCGUCGCCAAGCGCGUUCAGCCCAUCACAGUGCUCAAGAAAUCCGACGAGGAGUGGCGGAGGCACUUGCUCGAGCACCAGCAGCAGCAGCAGCAGCAGCAGCAAAAGCAGCGCGAGCAAUCGCAUCCCACUUCGACGCCCACGAUUGUCCUUGUGGAGUCUCCGCCCACCACGCCGCCCACGGAGAAACCGGAGACGGAGCGUAGGCCGAAAGCAGCGGAGAAACCAGAGCCGAUCAAUUCUAUUCAGACAGUUAAACAACAACAACCCAGUAAAGUGAGAACCCCUGUUAUGGUGACUCCUCCCACGAAAGCAGCUGUCCAUGCUGUCACAGAAAUUGUGGAUCUAGAUGAACUGCCCGAGACGCCGCCAGAGAAGCGAAAGCCAGAAAUUUCGGUACCGAUAAAAAAGCCUAAGGAAUCAUCGCCGCCAGAGAGAGCCCCUUUUAUACCCGAGUACUCUGCACUCCUUAAGCUGUGCCUCGAGACGGACAAAUCGGAGGACAUGGCGCGCUUGGCCCAAGGAAAACUGACCAGGUACUACUACAGUGUGCAUGAGAGCUUUGUGGUGUCGCGUGGCUUCCGCAAGAUGCUCGAAUUGGCCACAACGCGGAUCAGGAAUGAUCCGGAAAUGGUGUACGUGCACCUCAAGUGCGUGGUGGAUGAACUGAAGGCGCGGCGGCUGGCCAAAGUAGUUCUCCCCGAGAAGGCGAAGCGGCCAGCAAGGGAAUCGCCAUAUCCAAAAGCCUCUACACCCAAGGAGCAGCAGUCCGAUGAGAAGGCUAGGGCGCGGAUGCAGAGUCCACUGAAGAUGAAAGAGCAGGAGGAGCAACAGGUGGAAGAGGAGGAGGAGGAGGAAGCGGAGAUGGAGAUGGAGCCGGAGCCCGUUUCACCCACUACCGACAAACGCAUGGAUGAGCGCAUCCGGAAACUGAACCGCACCUUGUACACCCUGACGAAGCGGAUUAAGAUGUUGGAGGAGGCGGAUGUGGACUGGAACGACGACGACUCCAGCUAUCUGCAGGUGGAGCGCUUCAAGAAGCGCGCCUGUCAAAUAUACGAGAAAAUCUGUGAUCUAACCGGCGAGAGCAAGAGUGCCCGUAGCCAGCUAAAAAAACCGAUUCAAUUUAAGGAUACGGACUAUCCGGAGUUUAAUAAAACCCUGUCGUCCUUUGUCAACCGGAUGCGGGAGUUCCCAGACUACCAUGAUGUGCUCAGGCUGCUGGAGCACUGUAAUAAGGAGAAAGCACUCGGACUAGCCAGCUUUGAGAUGAAGAGAAUUGCCUAUGAUGCCUUUGGCAAAGUCGGAGAACUGCUGCAGUCACGGCGGAAGACUGAUCUCUACGAAACCGUAACGCACUUCACAGCGAAUGGAAAGGAUCCAGCUUCCAGCGACCCCGAGCUACUUGCCAAGCUAAAGGAGAACAACAAAAAAAAAACCAAAAUAAGUGAUGUCUUAGAAAAGUACGCCCGCGAGCAGGAUCUCAAUGCGGAGGAGCGUCAAGAGGCGCGUCUCAAGGAGAAAAGGCUGAAACAGGAACAAGCAGACGACGCCGCCAGACUGGCUGCGUUGGCCGCCGAGGACGACGACAAGCCCUGCACAAGUGCGCAGGCAGCGGCAAAGGCGGCCGCCCUCGCCGCUUUAAUGGAGAGCUCAUCAGCUCAAAGGAAGUGCGAAAACGGGUCCAUCGAUGCAAAGGUUUCCAAAGAAGAAGAUGACGAAGCAGACUCGGAGGAGGAGUCGGAGUCGGAGGACGAGGAGGACGAUGUGGACGAUUUCGUGGACAACUUCAAGGCCAACGGCGAAAUGAGUGAGGCCGAGUCCGAGGCAGAAGCAGAAGCAGAAGCAUCUCCACGGAAAGUUGCUCUGGCUCCCGCCGAGGAGGUUGUGAUAGAUAUAACAAGAACCGAGACCGACAGUAAGAAUGACGUAGUCCCGCCCAAUGGCAAGCUGAAGAUUAUGUCCGUCUCUAGUCUGAACGCCAACUUCGUCCAUGGGCAGGAUCCGAAGUCUGCUAAGCCUGUUAUUGCCGCCGAGAUUAUCAUUUCGGAUGAGGAGUCAUAGAACGAGUCGUAGCCGCAGCCGCGUCUGCAAACCUAGUUAAGUUUAUUUAUUUAAUUCUUUCAAUUUAUACCUGAUUAGUUUCAAUUAUAUAUAUUUAAUCCUUGGUUCUCUUUUAAACGUCAAGUAACCAAAAGUGUAAGAUCAUCCAGUUUAAUGACAAAGAUGCGUUGCAGCGAAGAGUAAUUUUUGAGCACAUUCAACUGAUAAUUAGACUGGUUGCGGAUUUAAGUAAAGUGUUAAGGAAUCUUGUUUAACUACGAGAUAAUUUUUUGGCAAGUUAUUAUUAUUUGUUGUCACCGAUUCACAGCUUUGUCUUGCAGAAAAACUUUGAAAAUCAUAAUUUAAUCGGUUAACUAAAAAACUAACACUUUUUGAAGAGUUUGUGAAUAUCUGAUACCAAAUUUUGAAAUAGUAUGCAACAAUUUUGAGCUAUUAAACUUUCUAAAUAAUUUGACGAUUGUUGUUCAAUUUUUAGAAAUUAUUUAAGAAGAUUGU